AUGGACUCUAAAUAAAAUAUGAUUUCAUUUUUAACAGAAUUGAAAUCUAAAGAUAUUACUGAUGAAACAUUUGAUUGGUUAGAGAAUUAUUUAAACAAAGGAGAAUAAUCAAUUAUACAUGAAUUAAUUUUAAAUAUAGGAGAUCAUUUUGAUGAUUAAUAGUAUGUAUUAAAUGCAUUUUAAGGAUUGAUGUAUUAAAUGAAAUUUAUUAGAUAAUUUUAGUAAGAUUUAUGAUAUUAAUCCUAAUAUUCUUGUAAAAGAAGUAAAAGAAACAAAGAUGACAGCCAAAAUAUUAGUGCAUUAUAUUUGUGAAAUAGAAUACAAUAAAUGGAAUGAAAGUGGAUUAUAAUUAUUAGUAAUAUCUUUUGAUGAUAAUCAUUAUCAUCAUCAAAUAAAACAAUUAAAUAACAAAUAAUAAUUACAACUUGUUAACAAUAUAUUAAAUUAUUUUGGAUAAAGUGAUAAUGCUGAAAUUUUUAGUGUUCUUAUUCAAAUCUUAUUUGUAUUUCAUGAUAAUCAAGAUAUUGUGUUAAUUAUUAUUUAACAUUAGAAUGCUAGAUUCUUUUAAGAAUUUUUAUUAGAAUAUUUAAAUCAUACUAAAAAUGAUGUUUCUAAACCAUUAUUCUUUAUUGAAACAAUAAUGAAAUUAGAUAAGGAUUUCUUUUAUGUUAAUGAUUUCAAAAUAUUAUAAUAAAUUUCAAUAAGAUAAAUACAUGAUGGAACUGAAAAUGAAAGAAGAUUAUAUUUAAGAAAUCUUAAAAUUAUUAUUUAAUAUGGAAAUCAUGAAAAUAUUUUAGGAGAUGAAAUACUUGAAGCAGCUAGAAUGGUUUAAAUGACAUAUACAGAUAACUAUUGUUUAAAGAAAUGUAUAAGUAUUAUCGACAAUUUAAUGAAUAAAUAAAAAUAAUGA